AUGGGCAUCAAUUGCUGCACGUAUAAUGGACCAGUCAAACACUGCCAGCCUUAUACACCACAGAAGGGGGACCUUCGGCGAUGCGAUUCCAUCGUUGAGCGCUAUAAUUCUACCACGAAGAAAUGGGAGACGAUCCUAUUUUAUGAAGCGAAACUUGAUUUUGCCACUCCAGAAGAGGUUCAUCUAUGCGAAGUUCAAGCAUUCUCAGCUUUUUGGGCAUUUCUUCACCAUUUUCCGGAAAGAAAGAUUAUCUAUGCCAUGACGACAUGGGGAACAAAAGCUCGUUUAUGGUCACUCAGAGCAGGCGAGACAGCUCUGGUAGCAUACUUUCCACAGGGAGAAGCAUGUCAUCCAAAUCUUUACAUUGAAGCUAGUAGCGACACUGCAGCCGGCUUGAAGAAGGCAUUUCGGCUUCUUCGAAAAUGGGAUGAUUCGGUUUCUGCUGCAUCUGGUUCUGUUCCAUCUGGUCUUGAUUCUGCCUCUGAUCCAACGGGAGAGUUACAAAUCAAUAGAGAAUCUACUGUAUCAAGCCAAGAAACAGCCUCGUCAGCCGGCCGAGCUCUUCCUCCAGUCUUUGUUGACACCUGGUGUCAUGUAGACAAGAAGAAGAGUCACGUUUAUUACAAAUUCCGGCAUCCGGAUACUGGCAGAGAUAUCAAGACGGAGGGGAGUGAUUGGAAAGCCGGCCAUAUACCGGGAGAUGAAAGACAAUGCUCAAUCUACACUGAGAAGGUUUCUGGACGGCAAUUUUAUCUUUGA